UGUUCAUAAAAGUUUCAAGACAUCCGAGAAUAAUCUUCUAUACCUAAUGCCACAUAGCAAAAUAGGCCGUCCGGUUUAUGGCUGUCAAGGAUUCUCCACGGCACCCGCGAUGCAAUUUAUAGAUCAAGGUAUGGGGUCAGAUCGUGGUCCCGUCGUUGAUUUAAGAAGCGAACAGAAUCCCCGCGGCACGCAUCGCUAGCCAUAACCCCUUUAGACUUCACGCCAAGGAUCUCACGAUGAUUUGGAGCGCUCUCAUUGCUGGUGCCCUCUUGGGCCAGUCUGCCUCUGCGCAGAACAUGCUUCGUUUUGGUUGCUCACAGCUCACUAUCGAGCGUGCUGACCCUCUAGUUUCCCCUGGCCAAAACCCUGCCCCCCACACCCACCAGAUUAUCGGAGGAAACUCGUUCAACCUUACGAUGGAACCGGCCGUAUACGACCCCCCGAGCUUAUCCACCUGCACUACAUGCACUUACUCGGAGGACUUCAGUAACUACUGGACUGCCUCAUUGUACUUUAAAUCUCCUGAGAACGGCACCUUCCAGCGCGUUCCCCAAUUCGCCAAUGUUGGUCUCCAGCAGGAUGGAGGUAUGACAGUAUACUACAUGCCUUACAGCGCCAAGAACGGCAAGGUGACGGCAUUCAAGCCUGGUUUCCGAAUGAUUGCUGGCGACCCCACGAACAAGCAAAAUGUCUAUAAACCCUCAAUAUGCCACCGCUGUCUCGGAAACGGCGAGGGUUUCGCUCCAUGUGAUGCCAAGGACACUGGAGAGCUACCCACCAAGUACUGCCCUGGCGGUAUCCGAGCGACGAUCAUCUUCCCGUCGUGCUGGGAUGGAAAGAACCUUGACUCGCCGGACCACAAGACCCACGUUGCCUACUCCAACGGUGGUGGUCUCGGUAGCCCGAACUGCCCUUCUACUCACCCUGUCGCUAUCCCCCAGGUCAUGUACGAAGUCAUGUGGGACACCGGCAGAUACAAGAACGACGCUUGGUACGGAAGUGGCAAGCAGCCUUUCGUCUACAGUUUUGGUGACUCUGUUGGAUACGGUCAACACGGUGACUACCUCUUCGGAUGGCAGGGUGAUGCUCUACAAAAGGCUAUGGACGCCCUACCCACUGGACGAUGCGCCAACGCCAACUGCAACGUUCUCAAGAUCCAAUCCGCUGCUGAUGCCAUGAAGUGCAAGAAGGCCCAACAAGUCGUUGAAGAUGUUGGAGGCAACGGCCAAUGGAUCAAGGAGCUUCCGGGUGGUGUUGCUGUCUACUAAGUAGAUACAAUAUCGGAAGAGAGUGUUUAUCUAAAUUCCAUAUAGUUGUCGCCGUCGGUGAAGUCGUAAAGGAGUUCUUAAGACGGUCACUCUUUUAGACAGAC